GCUCUUUGAGCUUCCAGUAUUUACCCUUUAAAAAACAUUGCAAUAACAUAUUUCCUAGCAGUGAAACAUGGAUCUGUUCAGCUUAAAAUCACUUGUGUUUUCCCUCUGUUUUAUAGGGCCCAGUGUUGGUCAAAAGAUUGUAUCGGAGAGUCCAGCUCAAGCCUAUUUGGGGGAAAACACAACACUUAAAAUCCUGAUUGAGAAUGAGCCAAGUAACAUAAUAACCUGGAAUUUCAAAGGUGGAAACCAAAUUUUAAAUGUUGCUCUUCUGCGUCCAGAAGGUGUCAAGGUGAAUGAGCGCUACAAAGGUAGAGCUUCGAUUGAUUCAGCCAACGGCCACCUGACUCUGACCUCCGCACAACUGAAUGACAGCGGAAAUUAUACUGUCUUAGUAUUGGGGGAAAAUACUACUGAAAUUGGAAUAGUUAAACUCCAUGUUGUGGAUAUUUUACAUCCCAACCUGACUUUGCUGGCCCCCUCCAGUGAGGAGCUGCAGCAGAAGAAGUUAACCCUCACAUGUCUGGGAAACAAGGGCUUCCCCUCUGACUGGCAAUUGCGGUGGCACGUCAAUGGCAGCAGCCAAGUCCACUGGAAAGAGGAAUGGGGCCCUGUGAGGCGUCUGGAUGACGACCACUACACCUGGAGCAGCUUCUUGACAGUUGAUGAGGAGAACUGGAAGAAGAUAUCGUCUGUGACCUGCAGGGCGAUUCUGGGCUCACUGGCUCCAGUCUCAGUCACUCUAAAAAUCAACUAGAGUUUGGAGGCCCAGCCUGACUCACUGGGUUGAUUUUUAUACUUCAACUGGUUUCACUCUGCAGGGCAUUUUCAAGAACCAAUUAUUCUCUUCCUUUGCUCUGUCUGUCUUCUUUAUAAUAUUGAAUUGAAUAUAUCAUAAUUCAUGAUCACAGUUAGAGGAUGAAUGUAUUUAUAUGUAGAAGCCUGUUGAAAAGCUCUAAAACUUUAACUUUGGAUUAUUAUUUUAAAACCCUGAAACGUCUGAAAAAAAGAUCACAUUUUCAAUUUGUUUUAAGGUGAAGAGCUUUAUUCAGUACUAAAUCACAUUAACAUUUAUAUACUUAGCAAUUGUUUUUUUUUUUUAAUUUUCCACAGAUUAAAGUGUAAUCUACGUAAUAUUUAUGGAUUCAGUAAAUCAUCUGAUGAGUUUGAAGCUAAAAUAAAAGUCUUUCCACAAAAAGCUUAAAGACAGAGGACAAAUUCAGGUGAGUAUGUACUUUCUUUUAGUAAUUUUCUGAUGUAUGCUAACACACAUCAUAAAUAGUAUUUUCUUUGAAUUUCAUAUUUUGAAGACAGGCUAAAAAUGAAUUUUGCUUGAUAUCACUUGUAGUCCAUAAAAAAGUUUAAGAGUCACAGAAACACUAAGCAGGAAAAUAUUUUUGCUUUAAAGUAUUAUUUCUCAUUUUGUCUUGACAGCUGUCCUUCAAAUUAAUGUCUAACAUGCUUAAUAUGAGAGUUCAGUAGAUUAUCUUCAGAGUUGUGUAGAAAAUGUGGCAAAUGUUUAUGAGUUUGAAUUCAGACAUUUUCAGCUUGGAGACAUUUCUUGAAAAAUAAAAUGAAUUUAAAUAAUUCCAAUAUUUUUGUAAAAUACAAGACCCUUUGCUUACCAUUAUGAUCACAGUGUUUAAAGUUGUUUAUAAAUACCAUUCAAAAGUGUAUGUAUCAGAUUAGACCUGUUGAUUCUUUGGAGAGUUUUACAUCUUCUUCCAUUUUGCCUCAGACAAUUAAACUGCUCUGUAAACUUUA